UCCUAUCUUCCUUCUCAUCAAAAAACAUGAAAACCAACUCGAAAAGCUUGAGACAGCCGUCCCAAGGGUGAGACGACCAUCCCAAACAGCCAAUUUCAAAUGGGACGCCCGUCUCUGGGCCAAAUUUUCAAGUGAGACGGUCGUCCCACUCCUCAGUUGGCUGUCCCAAAGGAAAAUUUUCAAGUGA